AUGUCUAGAUCCAUCUUCAAGCCCUCCCCUAACGACAACAUCAAGGAUUUGUUCAAAUCGUUGCCGUUCACUCCCGAACAGAUCCUCAGAGCGUCACCAGUCGCGGGGACUGAAACCGAGGGACAUUCUGCCAUUAUCAGAAACAACUUUGUCAUUGAGAAUGGCAACAACCUCUUUCUCCACAUCCAUCCUUCGUUGUUAACCUUGCACGACUUGUUUGCCAACGCGGUUUCCAUGUACCCAAACAACGACUGCAUGGGUAAAAGGUUGUACAGUAACACGAUUGCCGGGGAUUACGACCCAUUCUACUCGUGGGAGUCGUUUGCCGCAGUAGACCUGCGAAAGAGAAAUUUGGGUUCCGGGAUUUUCCACAUUUUGAAGAACAACCAGUUCCGUACUGAGAUCCACAAUGUCGAAGAUUUCGUCGUCAGCUUGUACUCGGGUAACCGCACCGAAUGGUUGCUCACCGAUUUGGCCUGCCAGUCAUAUUCGUUGGUCAACACUGCAUUGUACGACACCUUGGGUGCCGGUACUUCCCACUUUAUUUUGGAGUUGACGAAAUCGCCGAUUGUCAUCUGUUCUAAGGAAAAAAUCCAGAUCCUUAUCGAUAUUCAGAUCGAGAAGCGAUUACCUCACUUCCUCACUAUUGUCUCGAUGGACCUUUUGACCGAACGGGAGCGCUCCACAUACGAGAGGCAAGCGUACGAGUUGGGUCUUGAGUUGUUUGAGAUAAGCGAAGUGGAAGCCUUGGGUGCCAGAAAUCCAGUUCGGGAAAGACCACCUACGCCAGACAAUAUCUACACCAUUUCCUUCACCUCCGGGACCACCGGUAACCCCAAGGGAGUUGAAGUGCACCAUGAAAUGGCAGUGAGUGGCGUCACAAUGUAUUUGGCGCAAGUGGAUGUUCCGAAGGGAGAGGGUCAUGAAAUGUGCUUCUUACCGAUGGCCCAUAUUUACGAAAGAGGGCUCGUCGCCUCCUUUCUCUCUAUUGGGACCGGUCUUGGGUUUCCAGUAGUUUCCUCUCCGUUGACGCUUGUGGAAGAAUUGAAGGCGUUAAAGCCCACCACCUUGGCGUCGGUUCCAAGGGUCUACUCGAAAAUGGAGUCCGAGCUAAAGGAGGUUACUGUCAACUCCCAAAAUGAUGUCUUCCGGCGGAUGGCUAAGGAAAUUAUCGGGAGGCGAUUUGAAAGCAUUAGCACCAAGGGAGUUUUCGAGAAUGACUGCCUGUACAGCGAAAUUUUCACCACCGAGCUCAAGAAGCUGUUGGGCUUGGAAAAGACCAAAUUCUUGUGCUCGGGCUCUGCCCCGAUCAGUAAUGAUACCGUGAACUUCUUCAAGAGCGCGUUGAAUAUCGGGUUUGCCGAAGCUUACGGACUAACCGAGUCCUUUGGUAUCAUGUGUAUGUCAGAUCCUUUUGCGAGUGACUCUGGCUCCUGUGGGUUACCAGGUGUUUCUGGCGAGAUGAGACUCCGUGAUGUUCCACAAAUGGGCUACACCUCCAAGGACAAGGGUGGACCAAGAGGUGAAUUGCUCUUGAGAGGCCCGCAGAUCUUUAGAAGGUACUACAAGAACAAGGAAGCCACCGACGAGUGUUUCGACAAGGAUGGCUUUUUCUGCACGGGUGAUGUUGCCCGAUUUGACGAACAGGGAAGAGUCUACAUUAUCGACAGAGUGAAGAACUUUUUCAAGUUGGCCCAGGGUGAAUACGUCACGCCAGAAAAGAUUGAAAAUAAGUACUUGUCAAGUACCACGUUGGUGAACCAGUUGUAUGUCCAUGGGGACUCUUUGGAGACCUACUUGGUGGCCGUGGCGGGCUUUGAUCCACAUGUGAUGGCAAGAUUCCUCCACCGUAACUUUGACAUAGUGUUGAACCCAGAGACACAUCUCAAAGAGAUUGAAAGGAAGUUGAACGAAUUGCCGGUAAAGUCUAAGAUUUUAGACGUGUUGAACGAAGAAGUCAAGCCAGCAGGAUUAGCCGGGUUUGAGAAAAUCCACAAUAUCUUCUUCGAAGUCGAGCCCUUGACCGUGGCGAGAGAGGUAUACACGCCAACCUUCAAGUUGAAGAGACCGACAUGCAGAACAUUCUUCAGGGAGCAAUUAAAGGGGAUGUAUAGGGAGGGCUCGUUGAUCAAGCGUUCUAAAUUGUAA